AUGGCAACGGCUCCCAGUGUCACCAUUGUCACCAGUUCCAGUGCUACCAGUGCCGCCAGUUUGAGCAACGUCACCGCUCCCAGUGUCACCAGUGCCACCAGUGCCACCAGUUUGAGCAAUGUCAUCGGUUCCAGUGUCACCAGUAUGAGCAAUGUCACCGGUUCCAGUGCCACCAGUGUCACCAGUAUGAGCAGUGUCACCGGUCCCAGUGCCACCAGUUUGAGCAAUGUCACCAGCUCCAGUGUCACCAGUGCUACCAGUUUGAGCGAUGUCACCGGUUCCAGUGUCACCAGUGCCACCAGUAUGAGCGCUGCUGGUGUCACCGUCACCCCUGGUGUCACCAAGGCCACUGCCAGUGCCACCAGUAUGACCAGUGUCACCAUGGCAACGGCUCCCAGUGUCACCAGUUUGACCAGUUCCAGUGUCACCAAUGUCACCAGUUCCAGUGUCACCAGUUUGAGCAAUGUCACCGCUCCCAGUGUCACCAGUUUGACCAGUUCCAGUGUCACCGGUGUCACCAGUGCUACCAGUGCCAGUGUCACCAAGGCCACCGGUGUGACCAGUAUGGCUGCUCCCAGUUUGACCAGUGCUCCCAGUUUGACCAGUAUGGCUCCCAGUCUGACCAGUUUAACCAGUACGCCUGUGACGUCAUCUCCCAGUGCUCCCAGUACCAGCAUGGCGGCUCCCAGUAUGACCAGUACCAACAUGGCGGUUCCCAGUAUGACCAGUACAACCAUGACGUCAUCUCCCGGUAUGACCAGUAUAACCAGCACCAACAUGGCGUCGGCUCCCAGUGCUCCCAGUUUGACCAGUACGACCAUGACGUCAUCUCCCAGUACUCCCAGUAUCAACAUGGCGGCUCCCAGUACGUCCAGUAUGUCCAUGACGUCAUCUCCCAGUGCUCCCAGUACCAACAUGGCGGCUCCUAGUGCUCCCAGUACCAACAUGGCGGCUCCCAGUAUGACCAGUACCACCAUGACGUCAUCUCCCAGCGCUCCCAGUAUAACGAUGACGUCACCUCCCAGCGCUCCCAGUAUCACCAGUACCAACAUGGCGACUCCCA